UUUGAAGUUGAACUUUGGAUCGUUCUGUUUAGUAUUAUUAUUGAUUUAGCUUUUGCUUUUACACCCCAAAAAAAGGGGAAAUAUAUUUCAUAUGAUAAUAUCCCUUGCGCUCUCUCUCUGGGCACGUAGUCCAAGAACUUUAAAACACGUUCCGAUAAAGGAGGGAGGGAGAGAGGGAGAGAGGGAGAGAGAGAAGAUGAAGAAUCAAACACAGAUUCAAAAGACAUUCCUAUCCUUCUAAAUUGUCUUUUUCUUUCCUCUUCUUUGCUUGGAACAACUUUUGGAUUCUCCUCCUUCCUCUCCCUCCGGUUUAUCCCGCCGUUUCUUACAUUUUCCUCUGUUUUUUUUUCUCGGGAAACAGUAGGAAAAUUUUCAUUUUUUUCCCGGAAGGAGAGAUCUUUGUGAAUUAGGUAGCUGCCCAUAUCUUCAAGUCUUGUCUCGAGGUUGUGUGGCUUCAUUGUUGUGGUUAAUUCAAUUGGAGGAUGAAACAAAGGUUACUGCUUUUAUUAGAUUCUUAAAAGCUAGGGUUUUUGCGAACGUGCUUAAUCUGUCUGUAUCUUAGCAUUUGAGAUUUGGGUUUUGGGUAUAUAACCCAUGGAUUCAGAAUUGAGAUUUGCUUCAAGAGAUGUGGUGAAAGGCUGUGAUUUGGGUUGUGAUUAUUCUCUCGAGGCAUCUUCUUCAGACCCUUGGACUAGAACGGUGAAAAGGAAGUUCAACGAAUUCAAAGAAGGGAACAUGUUGUUGCUACGAGGUUCUUCUGAUUCGUCUUCAAACGCUAAGGUACUAGUUGAGAACGAAUGUGCAGCUUUACUGGAGGUUCUUUCUACCCAAAGGAAAACAGUGAAAGAUCUUCAUUUAGAGCUUGAAGAGGAGAGAAACGCUGCUGCAUCAGCUGCUAACGAGACAAUGUCGAUGAUACUGAGGUUGCAGAGAGAAAAGGCUGAGAUACAGAUGGAAGCUCGGCAAUUCAAAGCGUUUGCUGAGGAAAAAAUGACUCAUGACGUAGAAAAGCUCUUGGUUUUGGAGAAUUUGUUGUAUGAGAAAGAGCAAGCUAUCGAGGCUUUGACUUAUGAGGUCGAAGCAUACAAGCAUAGAUUGUUGAGCUAUGGGGUAUCUGAAGCAGAGAUGCAUGAGCAGAUACUUGGUUUUGGCAGAGACUCUAGCUCACCUGGUUUUGAUGUUUACCCGUGUGAGUAUACUUCUUUGAAAUGUACUGUGGAUGAGAACCCGAGCGGACCAGACUGUAAUGUUGAGACUGAAGAAAAGGUGAUUGUUGGUCAGUCUCCAAGAUGGCCGUAUUAUGAUCCAAAUUCGCCUUUAGGAACUGCAAAAGAUAUAAAGGGGACAUCUUUCUCAGACUCUCCUAUGUCUAGUUGUAGUGACAGAGUUUAUACUAUCGACUCAAUUCACGUGGGAGUUUCUGAAGUUAAGAUUGACGAUGAGCCUAAUAAGAUGAGUAAAGGAAAGUUAAAUGAUCACUGGAAUUCUCCGAGAUACCAAGAACCGUUUACAACUCAGCAAGGAGUUAACAAGCCAGAUAUCGAGAAACUUUACACAAGACUUCAAGCACUUGAGGCAGACAGGGAAUCAUUGAGACAGAUCAUUGUAUCAAUGCGGACAGACAAAGCUCAGUUGGUGUUGCUGAAAGAAAUCGCACAGCAAUUAACAAAGGAAGCCGGCACAACAAACAGGCGAAACCCGAUUAGCAAAAUGCCAUCUUUGAAAGGUUUCUCUGUAGUAACGGUCUUCAAGUGGAUUGUGUCUUUCGUUUCUUGGAAAAGAAAAGCCAGCCGAAACAAGUAUGUGUAUGAGUUGUCAGCAAAUAACAUGGGGAUGCUCAUGAUUCUAGGCGAGGGAUGUGGAACCAGGAGAUGGAGAUGUUUAACAAGUUCACAUGUCUAGAUUUUUCCAUUUUUUUAUCAGGUUUCUUUGGAGUAGUUAGUGCAACAUAAAUGUACAUUGCUCUGUAGUCUGUACUCGAAUCAAAAUAUGUACGGAUGGUUCAGAAUCUGGUUGAAUAUAUUAAUCAAAAGUUGGGAGAAAAAAUUCUCCUUUUUCUGGCUC